AUGUAGGCUCGUAUUCAACAGCUAUCUAAACAUAUUCCAGAUAAGCGAAUUCACAACUAUGCUUUUUCCACUCAAGCAAUCAUAGGAAGAGGGUCAUACGGAGUAGUCUAUAUUGGAAGAAAUAUAGAUUCAGGGUAUUUGAUAUUGUAAUUUGUAUUCUAGAUAAACUGUUGCCAUCAAAGCAAUUGCAUUCUAACAAUAUUCAUCUGAGAAUUAAACCUUAUUACAAAAAGAAAUUGAUAUAAUGAAAGACUUAGACUGUCCAAAUAUAGUGAGACUCAUAGAUGUAAUUACAACGGCUAAUAAUUGUUAUAUAAUUUCAGAACUGUGUACAGGAGGAGACUUAAAAGAAUACAUGAAAAGAUAAGUAAUAGUUACAUAUAAUAUUGUAGGGACCUAUUGAAGAAAUAGCUGCUACUAAAAUAUUGAUAUAAAUAUUGCGGGGGAUUCUUUAAUCUUUUAAAAGAGGAAUUAUACAUAGAGAUCUUAAACCAGCAAAUAUUUUAGUUGCCAAUAAUAAUAUAUUCAAAAUUGCUGAUUUUGGAUUUGCAAAAAGAUUUGAUAAAUUAGAUGAAGAUUUGAUGACAUCUCUUGUUGGAACUCCACUUUACAUGUCUCCAUAAGUAUUAUUGAGAAGACAAUAUACUUCUAAAUGUGAUGUAUGGUCAAUAGGAUUAAUCUUUUAUGAAAUGAUAGAAGGUAAAACACCUUGGAAUGUUAGAGAUAUAUUAGAUUUAGUUAAUAAACAAAGAAAUUAAAAAAUUACUUUUUGUAAUUAUAUUAUAAAUAUUAUUAGCUAAAAAAAUCUCAAAAUUAGCUUAAUAAUUCAUAACUGGUUGUUUAGCAUAUGAAGAAAAUAAUAGAUUUGGUUGGGAACAGGUCUUUACUCAUCCAUUAUUUGAAAAUGCUUUUGAAAGAUAACCAAAAAAAGAUACAUAAUAAUAAACUCCAUCUUAAAAUUAAUAGUCACAACCUUAAGUUUAAACAUAACCUCAAUAAUUAUACUAAUAAACGCCAUAGCCUGUAUAAAACCAUCCACAAAAUUAACCUUAAUAAAUUAAUUAGAAUAAAAAUAAUACAAAAUAAUAAUAAGCUUCUAUGCAUCAACAGUAAAUUUAAUAAGUUUUUUCAUAAACUUAACCUUUAUAACAGAUGUAACAAUAAAUGCCAAAUCAAUAAUAGAAAACAAUCAUUCAACCUAUCUAAUAACAACCUCAAUUUUAAAAUACUUAAAAUUUAACUCCUCAAGAAGCUAAAUAAAAUAAAUCUAUGCAAAUUAUCCCUAAUAUUAGUCCUUGUGAGGAAAAACUUAAAAGAAAUACAAUAUCACCUUUAUAAUUACACGUAGACAAUAAAUAAAUCUAAUUAAUUAAAGGAAAACAUUAUUUAAAAACUCAUGCUUCACCUUAAAAUGAGGAUGAAAAUAAAAAUAAUGUUUCAAAUUAAAAAAUUAAUAAUUGUUAAACUCAACCAAAUACUUAAAAGAAAGACAGAACUGUAAGUGUUGUACAUCAUAAAGUUGAAUCCUAAUAAACUACUAGUAGAUAUAGUGAUAAUAAGUAAUGUCGAGAAGAAUAAUUUAAAUCUGAAAGAAAUUAUUGUCCUCCAAAACAUCUUUAUCAAAAUUCAGAACCAAAGUUUUUAUUUCAUAGAUAAUCCUCUGAAAAUGAUGAAUUCACUAUCAAUAGAAUGUUAAUCUAAAAUUAAAUAGAAUUUUUAUUAUUUUUAAAAAAACUUAGAGAAUAACUUUUAGAAUUUUAUGGCAAUAAUCAAGUUUAAGCCUCAACUGUAGAAAAAUUAUCAUUUAUUCUUUUAAAAAAUGUUAUGAUAAAAACAACUGAUAUAAAAUCCAAUCUUAUUGAUAAAUAAAUCAAUAUUCUGGACUUAAGAGAUUUUGAACAUUUUAGAAUGACAGAAUCAUUUCGAAAUUUAGAAAAAUGCAUUUUAGAAAUUCAUUUUGAAACAUUCAACUAAUUCUAAGAGACUUUCUUGCAUUUAAAUGAAAAUUUAAAUUUGGUUAUGUAGGAUUCAGAUUUCUUAGAAAUAUUUAAUAACAAUUUUGAGUAUUCCAUUCAUUUUGUUAAAUUUGCUUAUAAUUUAACUGCCUAAUUUAUAAAAUGUAAUUAUUUAAAUUAAUUUUAGCAUUCUUAUAUGAUUAAGUUCUUGAAUGUUCAAAUGUUAAGAUAGUUAACUUUACUUUUCUGUUGGGAUAAUUAGCAUAAUAUUUAUAAUAAAUGUCCUUCUCUCCAAAUGAUGUUAAUAAACUCUUAAGUAAUUGUCGUAGUUUUAAGGAGGAUUUCAGAUUAAAAAGAGUUGAAUGCUUAAACUUAAUGGAAAAACUCAUAGUUAAAUACAAUUGA